AUGUAUAAACAUUUGUUUUUGGAAAAUGCAGCAAGAGAAGGCGGUAUUGCCCACUCUCUUCAUCUAAAAUUGAUGGGCUUCCGAGACAUUCCUAGAGUACUUGAGGAAGCAACAAAAGCAUUCGGCUCUCAUGGAAAACAUAGAUAUGUUACGCCACGGUUGCGUUUGCUUGCCCUGAUCAACUUAUUCAAGAAAGAAAGAAAUAUCACUGAUCUUUUAAUUGAUGAUAAAGUAAAUGAGAAUGACUACAGGAUCCUCAGAACAAUUGCAAAUAAUACCCACGAUGAAAUGGAGUUAGAGUUGCUGAAAGCUUUAAAGAAGAAUGACAAAGCAGCUGUGUUGCCUUUAUGGUCUGAAGUGUCUUCUGCUCUAAUCGCAAAAUACACAUUUAAGCUUGAAAGCAAUGCAGCUACUCAUGGCUUUCAUCUUCAAAGAUGUCAGCAUUCCUGGGCAGCCGGUCUAUUGCUCUUCAAAACACACAAGCACAGAAGUAAUAGAACAAGAAAUAAGGCUUCUGUUGUUGAAAGAGAGAAUAACUCAAGGAUCAGGUAUAAUAAACGCAAAACAUGCAUUCAUUGAAAUUUUAAAAUGCCUAACAAGAAUUAAAACUAUACAGUGAAAACCAAGUUAGUGUUGAAUCUCUUCAAAGUGAAAAGCCGUCUUUGGAGUACGCAAACCUAUAUUGUGGUGAUGAAUUUGAGGAUUCUGAAGAAGACAUUUUUUUCGGAAUGGAAAACAACUGUUGUCCUUGUUCUCCUUCUCCACCUCUUCCCUCUUCUCAACCUAAGAAAAGGGCAAACGCAAUGAAGACAAAAGCCAAUCAGCCAAGUCUAAGCGUACAAGAAGAAGUAACAAAAAAUAGUCACGACCUUAAAUAAUAAAACAAUUUUUUUCCAUCAUCUUCUUUUAAAACGUUUAUAUUAUAGAUAAAGUCCACAG